AUUCUUUUCCUUGACCUCCUCCACUGGCGCUGCUCUUCUUCUCGACUCCCAUCGCUUCUCGAUUCGUCGUCGUCUCCUGCAAUGGGGAGAAAUGUAGUUGCCCUAAUAGUUGUUCUGGGAUUUGCGAUCGUGGCCGUCGGUGCGCAACAGGAUGGUUGUAGUUCGGAGCUGCCUGCCAGUCUCAGCGGCAACUACUCGGGCCUCGCCUGCAAGACUGUCUGGAACAACUUUGUCCUCAGGUACUACCAGGACCAAGACAACGUUCUGAGCAUUGUGUUAUCUACCAUGUACUCAAGUGGUUGGGUGGGAAUGGGAUUCUCCAAGGAUGGAAUGAUGGUUGGUUCUAGUGCUGUGGUUGGCUGGGUGGGGAGAACUGGCCUACCUCAUAUCCAAAGGUAUUACCUUGGUGGUCAGACUAGCCAACAAGUGCAGGUUGACCAGGGGAACUUACUCUUUGCUGCGGCCACACCUUCUGUUGUUGUUGAUCAAGCUAAAAUUUAUCUGGCGUUCCAGCUGAAGUUUUCAGCUCGGCUUUCUCAGCAGCAACUUUUAUUUGCUAUUGGAUCAGCAACACCAGUCAACAAUGUACUACAGGAGCAUGAUGACAAGACGUCUCUCUCAUUUGAUUUUUCAACAGGUACUUCAUCAUCUUCUUCUUAUCCAUCCAAGCUGAAAAGGACACAUGGAGCACUAGCUAUAUUUGGUUGGGGUGUUCUUUUGCCAAUUGGAGCAAUUGUUGCAAGAUAUUGCAGGCAGUGGGAUCCUUUAUGGUACUAUUUGCAUACAGUCAUUCAAUUUAUGGGAUUUUUGUUCGGUCUUGCGGCUGUGAUCGCUGGAAGAGUAUUAUAUGACAAGCUGCAUGCUACUGUCUAUACUCACAGAGGAAUUGGCAUUUUUGUUCUGGUUCUUGGUAUCCUUCAGAUCCUAGCCUUCUUUCUACGACCCAACAAAGACUCCAACUAUCGUAGAUACUGGAACUGGUAUCACCAUUGGUUUGGGAGAUUCGCUCUUUUUUUCGCUGCAGUGAACAUCGUUAUUGGCAUUCGAAUUGGAGACGCAGGGAAUUCGUGGAAGAUUGGCUAUGGUUUCAACCUUGCUAUACUUCUUACUGCAUCCAUCAUCCUAGAGGUCUUGUUGUGGACAAGAUGGUCAAACAAAAAUGCUCCAGCCUUUUAAAGUGUGAUCCUUGUAUCAGUAGUCAAUCAUUCCUUCCCUUUAAUUUGAUUUUUUCUGUUAGAUACACUGACCAACUCUAUAAUAUUGUCCUCUAUAUUCUCAUCCCGUGUGACUUCAGAAAAGGGCUUGAAGUGCCUUGUUCAGUGGAAGAACAAUGUCCGGUAAUUGUUAUCAAUGUCGACUUUUUUUGUUUCUGUCAAUGGAAGUCUAAAGUAGGUAUGCGGUAUGC